UGUGAACCUCAAUUUCAUUCAUUGAAGUAGCAGUAAAAUAAGAUUAGAUUUCAAAUAAAUAGUAUCUAUAUAUAGUCUGUGUGGUCAGGAUUUUCAUUUUUGUCAGCUGAGGAAAUAGAGUUAGAUUCCGGCAUACUUGAUUAACCGGAGGAAAGAAAGUCUUAUUUUCAGGAUGUUCGACUCCAAAGCGCGUGGAUUCUUGAAUUUGCUCAUCAUUUUAGGUAUUACACUGAAGACAAAUGGGUUUUACGUAGGAAUCACAUACGUCGAAAACGCCGUUGCAAAAGGAGCUGUUUGUUUGGAUGGCAGUCCACCAGCUUAUCAUAUGGACAAAGGAUUUGGCGCCGGAAUUAACAAUUGGCUUGUUCAUUUUGAGGGGGGAGGAUGGUGCAACAAUGCCACCACUUGCCUUGCACGUAAAAAUAACCGUUUAGGCUCUUCGAAGCAAAUGGUUAAGGAAGUCGCUUUUUCAGGACUUUUGCAUAACAAGGCAAAAUUCAACCCUGACUUCUAUGAUUGGAAUAGGAUUAAAGUUCGAUAUUGUGAUGGAUCUUCAUUUACUGGAGAUGUUGAAGCAGUAGAUCCAGCCACCAAGCUUCAUUACAGAGGAGCAAGGGUUUUUCGUGCUGUGAUCGAUGAUUUACUAGCAAAAGGGAUGAAAAAUGCUAAAAAUGCUAUUCUUUCUGGAUGUUCGGCUGGUGGUUUAACUUCCAUUCUUCAUUGCGAUAACUUCCGUGGCAUAUUACCAAGGAGUACCAAAGUAAAAUGUCUCGCAGAUGCUGGAUAUUUUAUCAACGCGAAAGACCUUUCGGGAGCAAUGCACAUACAACAGUUCUAUGCUGACGUUGUGAAAACCCAUGGAUCAUCAAAGAAUUUGCCCGCAUCAUGCACUUCAAGAGUAAACCCGAGUCUGUGUUUUUUCCCCCAGUAUGCCGCACAACAGAUCCGCACACCACUUUUUCUAUUAAAUGCCGCCUAUGAUUCAUGGCAGAUAAAGAACAUUUUGGCUCCUGGUGUUUCUGAUCCGCACGGAAAGUGGCAUUUCUGCAAGCUUGAUAUAAAAAAAUGUUCUCCAGCUCAAAUCAAAAUUAUGCAAGGUUUCAGGAUGGAGUUUCUAAGUGCACUGGCAAAACUAGGGAAAUCUACGGUGAGAGGAACGUUCAUAAACUCAUGCUACGCUCAUUGCCAAUCAGAAAUGCAGGAAACGUGGUUAAGAAAUGAUUCUCCUGUAUUGAACAAUAAGCCAAUUGCAAAGGCUAUUGGAGACUGGUAUUAUGAUCGGGCUCCAUUCGAAAAGAUUGAUUGUCCUUACCCAUGUGACUCAACUUGUCACAAUCGUAUUUUUGAAUAAAAUUAUGAAAACUCAUAUGGAACAAUUAUGUAUAUGAUAGUUUUAUUUAUUGGCCAUUCUCGGUUAUGAGAUUAAAUAACUUCAAAUUGAUAAUUGGAUUGUCUGUUUGGAGUACUGUACUGUUCUGAGCAUUCUGGAAGAUGCUGUAAUAAUCAUCUUACCCAACUCCAUUUAUAAAUUUCAUCCAAAUUUGUUUA